GGUGACGUCAGAGGGAGUGCGCUCUCAGCUCGGAGCCGACUCGCGGGCGCGCCCCUCCCCUCGGUGUCACUGGGGCCGGCGCAGGCGCAAGCCGGCAAAAUGGCGGCUGCUGGAGCGGGCCGUUUGAGGCGGGCGGCGUCGGCCCUGCUGCUUCGGAGCCCGCGCCUGCCCGUCCGGGAGCUGUCAGCUCCGGCCCGGCUUUACCACAAGAAGGUUGUUGAUCAUUAUGAAAAUCCUAGGAACGUGGGGUCCCUUGACAAGACAUCUAAAAAUGUUGGAACUGGAUUGGUGGGAGCACCAGCAUGUGGUGAUGUAAUGAAGCUACAGAUUCAAGUGGAUGAAAAGGGGAAGAUUGUGGAUGCCAGGUUUAAAACAUUUGGCUGCGGCUCUGCAAUUGCUUCCAGCUCGUUAGCCACUGAAUGGGUGAAAGGGAAGACGGUGGAGGAAGCCUUGACCAUCAAAAAUACAGAUAUUGCCAAAGAGCUCUGCCUCCCUCCUGUGAAACUGCACUGCUCCAUGCUGGCUGAAGAUGCAAUCAAGGCCGCCCUGGCUGAUUACAAACUGAAACAAGAACCUAAGAAAGGAGAGGCAGAGAAGUGAGCCUAUGAUGAAGCCUCCAGCAGGUCACAUCAUCUUUUGGCCCAUCCGUCACGCAGUCACCUUAGAUGUUCAGAAGCCCCUCGCACUGCAUAGAAGAGCUACAAGAUACGCACAGUAUUUGCUAUUCACAUUGUGACUCUAAUGCAAGCAAAAUACAAAGUUUAAUUGUUCUGAAUCCUGUGGUUUCUUUCAGCUCACUUUUAUCGCCUUAAUCUAGUUAAUGUAUAUUUUGAUUGUGUAUAUGAUCUCAGAACGGAAAUUGAUAAUGAAGUCUCAAGUUUUGAUAGCCCAUGAAAUGCAUAAAUAUCUAAUUUUACAUGGAGUGAUUUUGGGGAAGAUUACCAAUAAAAUGCCUUGGUCUGAUUA